AUGGACAGGGCGCCCCUGCUGGGCUACACCGGGUACCUUUUGCCAGAUGAGGCCACUCUCGACCCGCACGUCUUCGCGAACUUCAUGCAAAAGCACCAGUGCAGCCGUGCGCUGACUACACCGUCGCUUCUGGUCACGCUUAUGGACUCCCUGUCCCAACACUUCGCGACGAAGCUCAGCAGCAUGCGCACCUGGAUGAUGUGUGGCGAGGUCCUUCCGAUGAAGGUGGCGAACCGCUUCCGUGAGACCUUGCCCAGGUGCAAGCUGAUCAAUGACUACUCCACGUGGGAGAGUGGAGAUAUCGGCUAUGCACUCGUGGCACCAGCAGGGAGGUACGAGCCCAGCCAGGUCUUUGCUGUUGGCUGCCAAGACCUGGCCUGUGGCGUGAGCGCCUGCAUCAUCGAUCCUGAGACGAAGCACACUAUGCCUCGUGGGUUGGUCGGGGAGCUCUACGUCGGAGGGCCGGUGCUGUCCUUCGGCUACCACGGCCAGAUCGAUGCUACAGCGGCCAAGUUCUCCGAGGGACUCGGGGAUCACGCCAAAGGGUCGGAUGACGCGAGGGUUACCCUUGAUAUGCAUCACAUGGAAGCCUUGCUUGCGGCCCAGGCUAGCCAGAUUGUGAAUGCUAACCAGGCUCAGAUCCAGUCCCUGUUUACUUCCCUGGAAACCAAGUAUGAUCAGAAGUUUGCUGACGCUGGCCUGCGCUUUGACAAUGUGGAAGAGCGUGUUGCUGGAGUGGAGAGCAAACUGGCUCGUAUCGAGGACAUGAUCAGUAAGGGUCGUGGGAUGCUCGGACCAGGGGAGGGUGAUGAAUCCCGUCGUCGCCUCACCUUGGUGUUUGGAGGCUGGAGACAAGACACCCCAAAGAAAGUAAUCCUGGGUGAAGUGGAGGAGGCCCUUCGUAGGCUACAGCUACUUGGCUCAACGGACUCAGCUGCCUUCACGACCGGUCCCCGUCGGUCAGUCGCACUCAUGGCUUUCAGACAGAGGACAGGGGAGGACUUCGGGGAUACACGCCGCCGAAUGCUUGGGAUUGUGACCAGCCUGGCAGAAGCAGCUCCUAUGACAUCGCACAACAAAAAGAUGUGGUGCAGCUUUUCGAGGACGAAGGCUGAAAGGGAUGUCAGUGGGCAUGCCUCUUGGCUGAAAAGGGCCGUGGGGCUGAUCGACAAAAGCUUGGUCUCGAACCUUGAUGUCGAGUUUUCAACCGGCACGGUGUGGUGUGGUGAAUCCAUGGUGGCAAGUGCUACUAAGUCUCCUCCCAGCGGGGUUCCGGAUGCCGACGUGAUGUGGGACGAGGGCUUGGUGGCCAGGCCUUGGAUCUGGGUGCCGGCCCUUGCUAGGGAGCUUGGCCGGGACGAGAACCAUCUCCGUCAAGCCAUUGAGGAGCGGGAGGAACCAGUGCUAGAGCUGCAGGCACUCGGGUGGAACAUGGGAGGUGCUCCAUUGGAGGAUCUGCUGCCUGCGAUUCAGGACUGGUUGACCCAGGCAGACUACCAGGCCGCCUUUGAGGAGUUCUGGGAAAAGCUUCCGAGUGGAUCGGGGAGGCAGGAGCGUCGAGUGUGGGAACAGGCCCGCCUCAACAGGGCCUCUCAGUGUGACUGGGGUGCAGUUCGGGAAGUCAGGGGUCAGGGUCAGGGUUCGUGGCAGGAUGAGUUUGCAGCAGCACAGGCUAAGGAUCCUCAUGACGUGGUUGAGGCUCACCUUAAAUCGCUCUACGAAGCAACACCGGUCUCGCCUUCAGUGACUCCUCAGGGCUCGGCUUCGGCAUUCACAGUGGAUGAGAUCAAGCGAGGGGUUUCUCAGAUGAAGCAGGGGAAAUCAGUUGGUGCGGACCUGACGUCUCGGGAGUUAUUUGAGGGAAUCCUUUCGAUCUCCGGGGGCCCGGGCCACUUGGCGGAGUUCUUCACGUCCAUUUUGGUGUCGAGGGAUGUGCCGACUGACUGGAACAAGUCGGUUCUGGUUUUGCUGGCAAAAAUUCCCAAACCCUUGGCUCCGCGUGACCUCAGGCCAAUCGCUUUGGGAAGCGCUGCUUCGAAGCUCUUUGCCAGGCUCCUCCUGAACAGAUGCCUUCCUAAACUUGGCCCGAAAACGCCCCACCAGUGUGCCCGCGAGCACCGCCAAAGCAACGACUAUGUCUUUUCGCUGUGGCGUGUUUUAGAGUUGUGUCGUGAAUGGAACAAGCCAAUCACCUGUGUUAAGAUUGAUAUCCACAAGGCCUUUGACAGUGUGAACAGAACAGUCUUGAUCCAAAAGCUCCGGCAGCGACUUGGGGAUACACACGAGAUGGCUUGCUUUGAACAGCUGCUCAUCGACAACAUUGCCUUACUCGUUACCCCUUGGGGAAUGUCUGAAUUCAGAACUGACUCUGGAAUUAAGCAGGGGGCGGUCGAAAGCCCUUGCUUCUUUAGUCUUCUGAUGGAGGAAGGGCUCCAAGAGGCUUCGGACCUACACGGCUGGGCUACCCAACCGCUGCUGUUUCCGGACAUGGUGUACGAGUCUGCAUUGUUUAUGGAUGAUGGCAUCUUGUGGGGGGAUUCCCCGACAACGGUGGGUACACGUCUUGAGCAACUGAUGCAUAUUCUUCAGGGGUACGGGCUGCAGCUUAACAUCCAGAAGUGUCAACUGUACUGCAGCAAGGACACACAGGGGACCAGGGAGAUGUGGAUCCGAGGCCCUCGGCUCAGUCCCCGUGCAGGCAUACGUCGAACUUUGGUGCUUGCCAUGGCCUUCAAUUUGUGGACUUUCGCAAUGCUCGUGAUGUUUGCCUUCGGAGUUCUCCAAGGGAUGAAGGGGGCAAACACGGGUGCCAACCGCGCACCGGACAAAUCACCUUUCAUAUCUACGACAACUCGGUUGUCUCAUGCCUUGGUCACCGGUUUGGUGAUUCGAGGCGCGUCAACAGCCCCAGUGCUCGGCCUUCUUGGGGCCUUGGGCACCGCAUCGGCCCAGCCACCAGUGGUCUUUGGAGGCUGGCCGCCUUUUUGGUAUGUCAGCGCCAGUGACAUGCAGCGAGCCCUGCUCGAUGAUGGCCACUCACCUCGGGAAAUGAUCGCCAUGCUUCGCCAACUUAUCCUGGCAAGGGAGGACGGGCAUUACGAGGAGCAAACAUCGCUGCUCUUGGAGUCCUUCGCUCAGGCAGCCGGUGUGGAUUCCGACAUCUACUCCAAUAUGUGGGUUCCCCUGAGUGGAUACUCUGCCCAAUGGGCUCGCUACGUGGAGGAACACUGCCAUGAGGAAUACCUUGAAGUGUGGUACCCGGUGGAGCAGACAGUUAUGGAGCGGCUGGCCCGUGAUGGGCCUACACUUCUGUUGCCUCUUCCACAGCCUCAGAGGGAGACGGAAGCGGCCGCGGUGAGGCGUCUGGCGUUCAACCGCAAGAGGCGCUUGCCUGCAGAACAAGCUCAGCUGCAUGGGAUCACCCCUGGGAGCUCCAGUUCUUGUCUCGCUCCCGGGCAACGAGAGCAUGGCACCACAUCAUGCAUCGAUCCCAGGGCUGACUGGAUGCAAUCGGCCAUUGGCUUCUUGCAGCGAGCGAGGGGGGAAGGGCACCAUGAGUGGGGCCUCCAACAGCUCCGGAACCGGAUCUAUGGGCGCCUUGAUGCCGACUACCGAAGACGUGCUCUCACCUAUGUGCAAGAACUGGAGCCGCCAAUCGGCCAUGGUGUUGCCACCGAGCACGAACCUCCACAGUAUGUUCAGGAUUGGGCGAGACUGGCUGAAGCGGACCUUUUCAGACACCUCCAAGCUUGGCCGGACACAUGCCAUGCGGAUGCCACAUCGUUGGUGCAGCGGCAGAUUAGCAAGAAGUGGCUCAAGAAGCCUGCACCAGCUCCCGUCAGAAGCAGGGUCUACCCGCCGAGCUCAGGCAGUGGCCGUGCCCGGCCGGAUAAGGCAAUCAGCUCUGAAACCCUCAGGUUGACCGAGCGCAUUCCGAUUGCCCGUGGCGAUAGGGCAGCUGAGGAAUGCAGGGUCAGGGAGCCUGCUACACCACCGAACCGCCUGACCCUGGAAGAAGCAGUGGAUGUCUGGAGUCUUAUGCUUGGGUUGACUACAGAAGAGGAUGUGGACCGCAACCCUGGUCAAGUCUUGGGCUCCUUCUCUUUGGCCGCCAUUCCUGAUACAUUCUUGGGUUAUGGGGUGGCAGAUAGACUCACAUUGACCCUGGCCUUCCAACGUGUGGUGGCUAAACUGCUUCAUGCUAUCGGUGCCCUCUUGGAGCGCACGGUGGAAAAGGAGCGGGCCGGACGUGCUGCGGAUCAUGGUGGACCUGAUGCUACGAGUUUGAUGCAACUGGGUGUGCCAGGCCUGAUCACGUCCGACAGCGAAUACACCGCCUUCCUGACAGACUUCCGCUUUGCCUUUGAGCAGAUGUCCAAAGCUGCCCGUCGGGCAAAUGCCCGCACAAUAUGGAAGUGGAUGGACUUUGCCUUUACCAACGCGGAAAUAGGCCUGUGCUUGGGUCAUAUGCGUGGACGGAUUGAGCAAGCCCUGGCUGUGGUGAUUGCUGCCAUCGCCUCCACUGACGAGUUACAAUGCUCGGAACCAGUGGAGCCAAGCCCGAUCUGGUGCAAUAUGUGGUGGAACCGGCUCUGUCUCUUUGUGCCAACUCACCCGGGAUCGAAUAAGGCUCGUGGAUUGCGACCAAUGCCGGGCGACCCACACCCGGUACUGGCCCAGCAUCCGUUACCUGAUGAGAGCGAGAUGGAGGAGGAGCCAGAGGGACCGGGGGUGCCCAAAACCGCAUACCGGACUCACCGAUGCUCAGAAAGGGACUUGGAUGCUCUAGUGGAAGAGCAGCGUCAAGAUGAGGAUCGCGAGGCAUGCCUGCGAGAGCGGGAAGCGGCCGAGGCGGCCAGGGCAGCAGCAGCUCAUGAUGAAGAAGAAAGCCAAGCGAUGGAAGCCUUGACCGAUGAGUACAUGCUUGACAGUGGUUUGCUUGCUAGCCUCUCCCCGACCGAGUACCAGGCCUGGGAAAGACGGGUCAUGGCACGCGAGUUACGAAAGCCUCCGGGUCCAUAUCGCCCCACAGAGAGGUGGCUUGAGGUGGAGCUCUCCUCAGGGAGUGGCGACUGCCCUCGGGUGUCACACACCUGUCGGUUCCCGCUGCCUCACCAUGGAGAAGUCUUUACCUUACAGGCGAGGGUUGUGGAGCAUCCCAGGGACGACCAAACUCAACCAGCCGAGGCAGGUGGGGCCCCGGAUGUGGACACUGGUGCUGGGGUUGGCAGUUCGGAUGCCGAGACACUCAGGGUUGAAGAUGGGGUCGCACCGACAUUGAUGCAGGGGCCUGUCUCUCCAAGCGAUGGCCCUCCUCAGCAGAUGGUGGAAGUCAAUGCAGGGGAUGACGAUAUCAACUCUGCUUUUGAACCCGUCACGUAUGGAUGCACCACCUUGUCAAUGGAGCAGUGCCUACUUCUCUACCAGCAGUGGGUCAGGGGUGAAGUGUCGUCUGAAGCUGUCGAGAAAGAGCAUGGGGCAGAAGUACGCGAGUUCUUGGAGCUGCAAUAUAUUGCAGAAGCAGGGGCUUUUGAGACGCAGGGUGCAACCGUCACCUGGUCUUGA